AAUAACGCGUUAUGUCAUCUGUACACCACGUGUCCUCACAUAAAAAGCUAUCCGGUCUUCCAGAAACUCGUCUCCUCUGUCUUAUUUUCCUUUCGUCGUCUAAGAUCCAGAUUGUUUCACACAAUCGAUACAUUUCAUCUGCAUUAAGAGCUAUGGCUGCUAAAACCGAGCGCACUUUCAUUGCUAUUAAACCUGAUGGGGUCCAGAGAGGGCUCAUUGGUGAGAUCAUCAAGCGUUUUGAACAGAAGGGAUUCAGACUGAUGGCUAUGAAGUUUCUUCAGGCAUCUGAGGACUUGUUGAAACAGCAUUACAUUGAUCUGAAGGACCGACCUUUCUUCCCAGGGCUUGUAAAGUACAUGAACUCUGGACCAGUUCUUGCUAUGGUUUGGGAGGGUCUGAAUGUUGUAAAGACUGGAAGGGUUAUGCUUGGAGAGACCAAUCCUGCUGACUCUAAACCUGGAACAAUUAGGGGAGAUUUCUGUAUUGAAGUGGGCAGGAACAUCAUUCAUGGUAGUGACUCUGUGGACAGUGCCAAUAAAGAGAUUGAUUUGUGGUUCAAGCCUGAAGAGCUGGUGACUUUCAAGAGCUGUGCGCAAAACUGGAUCUACGAAUGAACACUCAAACAUGGCACCUCUGCACUUCUUGCUGGACCAGUUCCCUUGGACUUGUUUGUUUGGUCUGUUCCUGUCUGAAUAACUUGUUUGAAUAAAAUGCUCUUUGUUUCUGGA